CAUAACUCGUCAAUUGUCCUAUUUUGAUAAUUGUUCUGGCAUUUGUCCCUUGCAGAAGCGUACACAGUGCAAUAAAUAACUAUUAAACCAAGAAAUAAGGCCUAAAUAAUGGGUAAAGGAAAAAAGAAAGGAGGCAAAGGGCAAGAUGAAGAGUCAGAGGUCCCCUCUAUGAGUUCUUUGUCUCUUGGUGAUGUACCUUCUACAUCACAGUCUGGGGCUCAGGCGGAAGAGGAGGCUACUGGUUUGACGUCUGCUGCUGCCAAGAGAAAGGCAAAGAAGGCUGCUAAAGCAGCACCCCUGGAAGGGUCAAAACCUCGCUCUGCCCCUGUGACAUCUCCUAUAUCAGAGCCAGAGCCCGAGGCACCUAAGCCAGCACCAGAACCACUCAAACCAGUUGAGGAAGAGAAGGCGAAGAGUGAGGAGAAGGAAGAGGAAGGUGGAGGACUGGGAUUGGGCAUGGAAGGAAAGAGCAAGAAAAAACCUAGAAAGAAGAAGCCGUCAUUAGCCUCACAGGAGGCAGCUGCACCAGUGGGAGAAGUUGCUGCUGGUACACCGGCAUUGCCAAAGCAAGCUGCUGCAUUUGGUCCUGCACCAGUAGGGCAAGCUCCUGCAUUCGGGGCUGCACCACCAGGGCCAGCUGCUGCUGGUGCACCAAGUCAGCCAUGGUCCCCAGCACAAGCACAGGCUCAAGCACCAUGGGCUGGGCACGGUAGGGGCCGCGGGAUGCCUUCUGGUCCACCUGGAGGUUUGCCACAAGCCGGACCGCCGGCCGGCUGGCCUGGCGCGCCGGGCGCCCCACCGGGCUACGCUCGCCAACCAGGGCCUCCGGGGCCGCCGGGGCUGGUGCAGCCUGGGCCACCGGGAUAUGUGCAACAACCGGGCCCACCAGGAUAUGUGCAACAACCAGGUCCACCAGGGUUUGGUCAGGCCAGACCGCCACCGCAGCAGCAGGUGCCGCCUCAGCAACCGCAGUCAGCGCGCCAGACCACGCCCCCUGCGGCGCCUGGCCCACAAGGAGAUAGGCCCGGUUCAGCCUCUAAAACCGUGUGCCGAUACAAAAUACCUUUAAGGAUCGAAGGAAACUCCGUUCCCUGUAGGCCUGUUAAGGUGUUGACUAAUUACUUGGAAAUGAAGAUUGCGCCACUUAAAAUACAUCGCUACGACGUUACGUACAAACCGGACAAGCCCAAGAAAAUGAUUUCUCCCGUAUUUGUAGCUAUAAAGAAAAAACAUUUCCCCAGGGAACUAAUUGCAUUUGAUCAGAUGAAAAAUUGCUACUGCUUAAAGCCCUUGCCGAAUGUAUCCGACACAGACCGUUAUGCUAUAACGGACGAAUAUAUCGAUGGAAACGGUAAGAAGAUCCCUGUGGAAGUUUCUUUCAAAUUUACUGGAAUUGUGGAUCUCAGUACUAUAAUUACGUACAUGAAGAGCGGAGGCAGCUCAUUGAACCCGCCUACUGAAGCCAUUCAGUGCGUCGACGUAAUCUUACGACAGGGCACAUUGGAGUCUUACAUAAAGGCGGGUCGGCAGUUCUUCAAGCGACCGUCGCGUCCGAUCGACCUCGGCGACGGGCUGGAGAUGUGGACGGGAAUGUUCCAGUCUGCGAUCUUCACCACGCGCCCCUUCAUCAACGUCGAUGUCGCUCACAAAGGAUUCCCUCGAGCGCAGCCCCUCGUGCAGGCUCUGACCAACGACUUCAAGCUGAACACCAACGAAAAAGUGGAAAACCAGCGAAGCAGAAGCGUGGACUCCUUCCUGGCCUUUGUCAAAGGACUCAAGGUGGUCGCGUACAUCGGCGGGGAUACGUCAUCCGGCGGGCAGAAGCGCGAGUUCAUCGCCAACGGCCUCUCGGACUCGCCCAACAAGCUGUCCUUCCCCAUGGACAUCGGCGGCGGCAAGACUAAGACCGUCACCGUCGCUGACUACUUCGCCAAGGAGAAGGGAUACAGGUUGCGCUAUCCCAAUUUAAACUGCGUGUGGGUUGGUCCAAGGGAUAAAAACAUAAACUACCCCAUGGAGCUCUUGGAAGUUGCAUAUGGACAGGCCCGCAAUAGACAGCUGAACGAGCUCCAGCUGUCGACGAUGGUGCGGCAGGCCGCCACGCCCCCUGACGAGCGCAAGCGCAAGAUCGAGGAGGUCAUCAAGGAUAUGGACUAUUCGCGUAACAAGGAUUUCAAACAGUUUGGUUUGGAGAUUUCCGAUAAGUUUUUCCCCGUUGACGCGAAAGUCCUGGCUCCACCCAGGCUGGAGACAGGCAGUGGCAGCGUCGAGCCUAGGAAUGGUUCGUGGCAAGCCAAUAGGCUGCUGAAGCCCGAGGUUCUGCAAAACUGGGGCUUCAUAAUGAUCGAGCCUGACCAAAGGACCCCGUUAGAUCCCGCCAAUAUCAUCUCCUUGAUGAUGAAUUGCGGACGUCAAAUGGGCAUGACCGUGUCGGAACCGUCGGUCAAACUCUUCAAUCUGAGAAUGCAAGAGCUGCGCAACACGUUAUUGAAGUGCUUGGAAACGCAAGUCAAGUUCCUGUUCAUCGUUGUGCCCGCCAGAGGACGCGACUACUACCAUAGGGUGAAGCAAAUGGCGGAGCGCGACGUUGGCAUCCUGACCCAGUGCAUAAAGGAACAGACGGCCUCCAAACGCAUGAACCCGCAGACCGCGCGCAAUAUCCUGCUAAAGGUGAAUUCCAAGUUGAUGGGUAUAAACCAAGCCCUGGACAACAGAAGCCUGCCCAACUGCCUCAGAGGCGGCAAGGUGAUGGUGGUGGGCGCUGACGUUACACAUCCAUCUCCGGAUCAGACUUCGGUGCCAAGCAUUGCUGCGGUAACAGCGUCCAUCGAUCCAAAAUGCUUUAUUUACAAUAUCGGAUUGAGUAUUCAAACUCCUAAGAAAGAAAUGAUCAUCGAGUUCGAGGAUAUGAUGGUCGAACAUCUGACUAUUUACAAGCAACGCAACUUAUGUUUGCCGACAAAAAUAUAUGUAUUCCGUGACGGCGUGUCCGAGGGACAAUUUGCUCAGGUGAUGAACAGCGAGCUGCUGGCCGUACACAAGGCGUACCAGCGAAUGGCCGGCCCCGCGGCCAAGCCCGAGGUGUUGUUCCUGCUGGUGCAGAAGCGGCACCACACCAGAUUGUUUUCGGGUGAAAAUAAUCCGAAAAAUGUUGAGCCUGGAACCGUGGUGGAUAAACACAUUGUCCAUGCCACUGAACUGGACUUUUACUUGGUGUCGCACCAAGCCAUCAAGGGCACCGCACGUCCCACGCGCUACCACGCCGUGUGUAAUGACGGCAACUUGAAGCACGACGAGGUGGAGCAGCUCACCUACUACCUGUGCCAUCUGUACUCGCGCUGCAUGCGCUCCGUCUCCUACCCCACGCCCACCUACUACGCGCACCUCGCCUGCCUGCGAGCCCGCUCGCUCACCUUUGACGAGAGGUUCGACAACGCUCGGCUGGAGCGUGAGCCGCGCCGGCUGCGUGUGCUCGAGAAGAUGCUGUCCUACAGUCGCAUGUUCUUUGUUUAAACCGAAUAAGGUCGAACUUGUCAACACUGCGGCGCAUGCUACGCACCAAGUGGAUGUUAGUACUCACGAACAUUGUUAAGAUCAUAUGUGGAUUACCGAGGAGAGAAGAAGAACGUGUGUUGUGUAGCCGUGCGCCGCAGUGGGUAUCCUUUACAGGGAAAAUUAUGAAAUUUAUGAAUAUAUAAUUAAACUAGUUUGCCGAAAUGUAAUCAAUAUCUUUAAGUGUGUUUUAAACAGUCUUAGAACAUGCAUGUAAUCUAAUAACUUAUACAGCAAUAUUUUCAUAUUAUACUACAGAGUAAUUAACCCUUGCGUUUUGGCAUCUGAUAUGGAUAAUAUUCGGAGCGAGACAAGAAUCCUGACCUUUUCUUCAAUGUAUCGGGCUAAUUCGAACAAUGAUCUAGAUAUCAAAUCAACUUGAUCUAAAUAUUUUGAAAUAUGUCUCACGAUAGUUUAAGUUCGACAACUUGAUAUGAAACAGAAACGAUACCGAGAUAUUUAAGAAAGACAUGUAAAAUUUGCUUGCUUUAAGAUUUGCUUAAGAUAUUACUUAGAUAUCCAAUGGAUAUCUAAUGGAUAUCCCAAAACGUCACAAUAAUUGUACCGUGAAAUUGGUUUCUCGAAUCGAACUGCAAAAGAUAACUAUAUAGUUGAGAACUAAACUAUAACGUAUCUAUUAGAUCUCGUAUUGUUCUCGUAUCUAGUAAUUGGGGCAUUUCACGUCAAGCGGGCAGCAAAAAAAUUGUCAGGUUCUGGAUUUUGUUUAUAGUUGUAUUAAUUGGACCUAUAUGUGAACUAAAAAAUUUGGCAUCAUUACUUUUUUAAUAUAUUGCUUCGUUAAAAAAUUAUACGCAUUUAAAAAAACUACAAAAUUUGAGGAACGGAUUUUUUAAAAAUUAUUAUUGCAAUUCUUUCCAUGGAUUUAAUAAUAACUAAAUACUGAUUAUUUGAGAAUAUUAGUUGAUUUCCUUGAAAAUUUAUAAAAAAAGUUUUUUUUUUUAUCUUUUUUUCAUAUAACAAACCGGAAGUUAGUAUUACAUAUCUUUUUUUUUCCAACUUCGCAUUUUUUUUAUUUUUACACAAAAAUGUAGCUUAUGGUGUACUAAUGUCCUAUAAUUUUUUUUAUAGUGGCAUCUCGAUUGGUUUUGAAGAUUCAUGAAGUAAUUCGAAAGUACUGCGCGACGCUCCGUACUGAGCGGUAGUUCUAUGUGGCAGUCUUUAAUGGCCAAUUAUGGGUUUUUUUACUUUUGCGUAACGGAAUUAAAGCAAUAAACAAUAUUUUAUCGGUUAAGAUGUAUAAAAGCAAAUCAUGUCUUAUUCUAUCGUGCCUUGUAGCGCUAUCUGUGAUCAACCAUAUCUUGGAACUGAAAACAAAACGUUUAUGUUUUAACAAAACGCUAGAGGUAACUUAAUAACUAUAGCUAGGUUUAGGCGGGUAUGUCACAUGCUUAAGAGGUCACUUUCGAGUUAGGUCACGUUCUGAGGACGUCACUUUCUGUACGUCACAUUCUGAGUUUGUCACAUUCUGAGUUCGUCACAUUCUGAGUACGUAACUUUUUGAGAACACCACUUUCUGAGGACGUCACUUUCUGAGGCCCUCGCUUUCUGAGUUCGCCACUUUCUGAGUACGUCACUUUUAUAGCAAAGUAAUAUUUAAGAGUAUACCUGCAUGAACAAUGGAUACCAGCAAUCAUAUUAGCUGUACGGCAUACGGCCGCUUUUAUGUAUGACAUACAGGUUAUUUUUUUAGUGGCCAUUGAAGGGUAAUACUAAUCUAUUAUAUAGACGAUAACGGGAAACCGUCUUAAGGUGACGUUCCUAUGUGUGCGGCAGCAAUGCAGUCUGCCCUUAUGUCGCGCUGCAAUACUGCUGCAGUAAUGCUGGUGCAGUCUGGAUCCGAACGGUACCUUUAUUUAAGACAGUUUCCCGUUAUUGUAUAUAGAUCCGUAUUUCCCUUCAAUAGGCACUAAAAAAAUAACCUGUAUAAAAAAAUAUAUUUAAAAUUUAAACUGUUUAUUUCAAAAAAAGAAAUUACAAAAACUACUUACAGACUUAGCCUAAUCUACACUCUAAUAGAUUGUACGCUAUUGUAUUGUUGUUGUUGUAUUGUGUUGUUGUUGUAUGUCAUACAUAAAAACGGCCGUAUGCCGUACAGCUGUUAUGAUUGCUGGUAUCCAUUGUUCAUGCAGGUGCUUUAAUCUUACUAUGCUAUAAAAGUGACGUACUCAGAAAGUGAGGGCUUCAGAAAGUGGCGUUCUCAGAAAGUGACGUCCUCAGAAUGUGGCGUUCUCAGAAAGUGACGUACUCAGAAUGUGACGAACUCAGAAUGUGACAAACUCAGAAUGUGACGUACAGAAAGUGACGUCCUCAGAACGUGACAUAACUCGAAAGUGACCUCUUAAGCAUGUGACAUACCCCGCCUAAACCUAACUAUAGUUAUUAAGUUACCUCUAGCGUUUUGUUAAAACAAACGUUUUUUUUCAGUUCCAAGAUAUGGUUGAUCAGAGAUAGCGCUACAAGGCACGAUUGAAUAAUACAUGAUUUGCUUUUAUACAUCUUAACCGAUGAAAUAUAGUUUAUUGCUUUAAUUCCGUUACGCAAAAGUAAAAAAACCCGUAAUUGGCCAUUAAAGACUGGCACAUAGAACUACCGCUCAGUACGGAGCGUCGCGCAGUACUUUCGAAUUACUUCAUGAACCUUCAAAACCAAUCGAGAUGCCAUUAUACAAUUUUUUAUAGGACAUUAGUACACCAUAAGCUACAUUAUUGUGUAAAAAAAAAAAAAAAAAAUGCGAAGUUGAAAAAAAAAAGAUAUUUAAUACUAACUUCCGGUUUGUUAUAUGAUAAAAAGAUAAAAAAAACUUUUUUUAUAAAUUUUCAAAGAAAUCAACUAAUAUUCUCAAAUAAUCACUAUUUAGUUAUUAUUAAAUCCAUGGAAAGAAUUGCAAUAAUAAUUUUUAAAAAAUCCGUUCCUCAAAUUUUGUAGUUUUUUUAAAUGCGUAUAAUUUUUUAACGAAGCAAUAUAUUAAAAAAGUAAUGAUGCCAAAUUUUUUAGUUCACAUAUAGGUCCAAUUAAUACAACUAUACACAAAAUCCAGAACCUGACAAUUUUUUUGCUGCCCGCUUGACGUGAAAUGCCCCAAUUAUCACGUUCUUCGGAUCAGUGCAUGUAACGAUUGUAUUGUAUGACAAUAAAUAUAUUUAAUUUGCUUGAAAUUGCGUUUAUUAUAAUUGAGUAGAACACAUUCUGGCAUUACUGUUUUACUUUUAUCAUAUUUAAUUGUUUCUAAAAAGAAAAGAGAAAAAUUGCUUUAAGCUAAAAUCCAAUAUAAAAUUAUAUUAUGAAAUA